AUGCCUCAAUUAGUUCCAUUUUAUUUUGUUAAUGAAAUAACUUUUACUUUUGUAAUAAUAACUCUUAUGGUUUAUAUUUUAUCUAAAUAUAUUUUACCUAGAUUUGUUCGUUUAUUCUUAUCUCGUACUUUUAUAUCAAAACUUUCUGAUAUAUCAAAAAAAUAA